AUGGGUGCCCAGCACGAGUCCAUGCCUGAGACAGGGACAGGACAGCACAGAAAACGCCCUAAAAGCCACAUUUCUUUAUCCACGCCCGGCACGUCCUGUCAGCUGCAGGGCGAACACGGUUCUGCAAGGACAGGCUGGAGUGCAGACCGCAUCUCCUCCGCACCGCUCACCCAGGGACACCGGGAGGGGGACACCAGCCCAGGGACACCGGGAGGGGGACACCAGCCCAGGGACACCGGGAUGUCAGGGUGGAACAGCUGGGCGGAGAGCGGGCGGUGCGGGGGUGGAUCCUGCGGGAGCGGACGGGGCCAGCGGCGCGCACCGAGGCGGGCAGCGGGUAAAUCAACACCCCGCGUCCUCCCAAAAGAGAUUAAAGUUCAGUUCGGUCCUCGACAGAGCUCCGGGAAAACAAUGAAUCUCUUUCUGGAGCUUCUCCUGUUCCUGGUCACGCUCCUCUACUCCUACCUGGAGGCUUUCGUGAAGCUCUUCGUGCCUGUGAGGAGAAAGUCUCUCAGCGGGGAGCUGGUGCUCAUCACGGGCGCUGGCCAUGGCGUCGGCAGAGCCACCGCCCUGGAGUUCGCCAAGCGCCAGAGCAGGCUGGUGCUGUGGGACAUCAAUAAGCACGGCGUGGAGGAGACGGCAGCAGAAUGCCAGAAGCUGGGAGCCACUGUUCAAACCUUCGUGGUGGACUGCAGCAAACGGGAGGAGAUCUACAGCGCUGCAGACAAGGUGAAGAAGGAUAUUGGGGAUGUGACCAUCCUGGUGAACAACGUUGGUGUGAUUACAGCUGCCGACUUUCUCUCGACUCAGGACCACCAGAUAGAAAGGAUGUUUGAAAUCAACAUUCUGGGUCACAUGUGGACCACAAGAGCUUUUCUGCCGGUCAUGAUGGACAACAACUACGGGCACAUUGUCACAGUGGCUUCAGCAGCAGGUCAUUUUGUGGUUCCUUACAUGGUGACUUAUUGCUCAAGCAAGUUUGCUGCAGUUGGAUUCCAUAAAGCUCUGACAGAGGAGCUGUCUGCCCUGGGAAAGGAUGGAAUAAAAACAACGUGCCUUUGUCCGGUUUUUAUAAACACUGGAUUUGUCAAAAACCCCAGCACAAGGCUUGGAAAGAUUCUGGAGGUUGAAGAAGUUGUAGAGGCUCUGAUGGAAGGAAUAGAGACCAACCAGAAAAUGGUUUUUGCUCCACCAAAUCAGAGCGUCGCUUUACUGCUUGAAAGGGUGUUUCCAGAGCGUGCUCUGAACCUUCUGAAGAAGAUGAGUGAGGUCAAAUUUGAUGCAGUUAUUGGGCAGAGAAGCACCCAGUGAAAAGCAAGAGCUGAUUCUCAUUUCCCAGAGGCACCAGUGAAAACAGAACAUGUGCUGAGCAUAGUUCAGCUGCCUUGAUUCCAGCAGAGCUCAGGCAGGAGCCUCCAGGCCACCAUUCUCUAAGGGCUGUUCCCACACCUGCACAGCAGGGAGUGUUGGAAAAGCAGUGAUGCAGCUCUAGAAGGGCUGCACUGCAUGUACAUCCCAUCACCUCUAUCCCAUUGUGCUGAGGCAGCCGGGAAUUCCCACAAAGGUGGGUGGCCUGUUUUCACCUCAAUUUAUAUUUUUGAACUAUAAAAUGCUCUAAUGAAACUGAAUUUCUCCUAUUUUUGUAGGAAAUACCUGAAAUAAUACAAGGGUAUGUGUAAUAUACCUAAUUACUUUGAUUAUCAGUUACAUAUUUGCACCAUCAAUAUGCCUUUUUAUGAAUAAAUACAGUUCUUUAACAUAAAGAA